CUUGGACAUCCUGUACAUGAAUAUUUAGAAAAAGUUUUUUUUAACUGUGAUUGUUGUGUGAAGUGUUGUUAGAUUACAUAUCGUUAAUAAAGAAUGGAGCAUACCGAGUUUCGUGUGAAGGCUAAGGAAAUGGUGGACUACAUAGCGGACUACCUGGAGAAUAUCCGAGAUCGCCGUGUAUAUCCUGGAGUUCAGCCCGGGUAUCUGCACAAGCUAUUGCCAAAAGAGGCUCCACAGCUUCCCGAGAAAUGGGAUGAAAUCUUCAGAGACGUCGAUGAGCAUAUUAUGCCUGGGCUGGUCCAUUGGCAGAGUCCUCACAUGCACGCUUACUUCCCGGCUCUCACCUCGUACCCUUCCAUCAUGGGCGAGAUGCUGUCCAGCGCUCUCAACGUACUUUGCUUUACCUGGGCGUCAUCGCCGGCUGGCACCGAGUUAGAGACUAUAGCCAUGAACUGGUUGGGCAAGCUGAUUGGUCUGCCCGACUGCUUCCUCAACGAGAAGAACGAUAGCCCAGGCGGCGGAGUCAUACAGACUACAGCAAGCGAAGCAACCUUAGUCAGUCUGCUAGCUGCCCGCACCAGAGCCCUCAUGGAACUGUCGAAAUUGAACCCAGAACUCCAGGCUUCUGAACUGCUCGGCCACUUGAUCUGCUACUGUUCCGAUCAAGCUCACUCUUCAGUGGAGAAAGCUGGAUUGAUUGGUUUGGUGAGGACGCGAUACAUCGAAUCAGACGAAAACCAAAGCAUGCGCGGCGAUAAACUGGAGGAGGCCAUUCUGGGCGACAAAGAGAAGGGGCUCGUGCCUUUCUGGGUGUGUGCCACUCUUGGCACUACGGGGUCGGUAGCUUUUGACAACCUGCGCGAGAUCGGACAGGUCUGUGAGAAACACGCUGCGUGGCUGCAUGUGGACGCGGCCUAUGCCGGCAGUGCCUUCGUCUGUCCGGAAUAUAGACACUGGUUAGAUGGAGUCGAGCUGGCGGAUUCCUUCGCUUUCAACCCUUCCAAGUGGCUCAUGGUCAGCUUCGACUGCACUGCUAUGUGGGUGAAGGACAGCACGGCUCUCCACCGCACCUUCAACGUGAACCCGAUUUACUUGAGACACGAGAAUUCAGGAAAAGCUAUUGACUAUAUGGUCGGCUCUCAAAACCCAAAUAUAAAAAAGAAAUCAUUAAAAAAAAUUAACAUGAUCAACGCAGUGUCCAAUCAGAUAAUUACAAACGGUAAUGAAACUAAACUGAAAGACGAAAAACUGAUGAAUGGUGAUAUAAAAGAAAAGGGAAAGAAAGAUAUAAAUGGAAACGUCAACGGUGACGAUGAUGACUUAUACGAUGAUAUCGAACCGAACAAUCUUGCUGGAUACAACAAAAUGUCCCACGGAUGCGGUGAAGAUAUACAACUAGAAGAUCCUAAUAAAAAGGAGAUGCUUCAUUGGCAAAUCCCUCUAAGUCGUCGUUUCAGAGCACUGAAGCUCUGGUUCGUGCUGAGGAAUUAUGGUGUUAGUGGAAUCCAAAAACACAUUCGUGAGGGUAUACGUCUUGCUCAAAAAUUUGAAGCAUUGGUGCUGGCCGAUCAGAGAUUUGAAAUCCCGCAGCCAAGGAAUCUUGGAAUGGUAGCAUUCCGUCUGCGCGGUGACAACGCGCUCACCGAGCGGCUGCUAAAGCGACUUAACGCCCGCGGCUAUAUGCACGCAGUUCCAGCUUGCUUCAAAGGCGUUUACGUCAUCAGGUUCCCCAUCACCUCGCAGAGGACCACUAACCAGGAUAUACUGGAUGACUGGGACGAAAUAAAGACCGUCGCCAAGGAAAUCUUGAUGGACGUCUUCGGCUCUGAAAAUGGAAACAUCGUUGUUCCCAAGAAACCAAGGAUCUCUCUGAAAGAAACUCGUGAACUAAAUGCCACAUUUGGAACAAGUCUUCUCCUGGCUAAUAGCCCGAUGAGCCCAAAAAUUGUCAACGGAACCCACGCUGCUAUAUGCGACUAUGAACAAGUGCUAACUUCUUGUGCUCAGACCUUCGCGCAGUUGAAGAUGGAGCCGAAGGACAGUCCUGAGAUGCGCCGUCGCAUCCGUGGCAUCAAGAUGUGUGGGAAGAAAUUCUCCCUGGACUCCUGCAUGGACAUGGUCCAGGGUCUGAUGAUGGAGCAGCCGCUGCCGCAGUGCUGUGAGGAGGACAGGGAGGACGUUUCUAAUGGAUCGAGCCCCGGUGAAAGAUCGUCACUGUCAUCAUCUCCAGUGACAUCAACCAGCACAAUUAAGCAAGACACCACCAUAGAAUCCAACCAGCUCCAGAUACCUGCCCCAUCCAGGCAAUACAGAUCAAAAUCCGUUGACGUAUCACUCUCAGGACUAAAGCUCGAUGACGCUAAAAUUACAAUUGACAUGAAAAAUAGCGAAAUAAUAAUCACCCCUACCGGCUCCAAAAAUAUUGUAGACGAUGUUGAUCCAAAAGUAAAUCUGAGUGACAUAGAAGAAAAACUAAAUAUUGGCGAUAGAAUAACGCAAGCGUUUGAAAAUUUCCAAGAUGGUUUGCAGAUGCUGAGCGAGUAUCGUAGUAAUGAUGACAGAGUUGAGAAACCAGAGGAAGUUAAUACAAAAUUGACCAUAAGGGGACCCGGUAGUUAUAUUAAGAAACUGAUCCAACAGUUUAGCGAAGGCCCCUUUGAAGCAGAGGACCCUAAACCAGAAGCCGAAAGAGCCAUGUCGACGCAAACUAUUAAAGAUAAAGCUGAUGCGAUUUGCAAAAAAUGCUUACAUUACAAAGGAAAGAUGUCGAAGUAGUGUGCUUUCGGUACUAGCUGGUUCAACGUCCAUUAGUCUCUUCUGCAUACUUCAGAUCAUUGACUCUCAAUACUAGUAACUCUUUGUUCUCGAUAAUCUGCAAUAUAGGCUUUUACCAAAAAUAUAACGAUAUAAAUUUAGAAUGUCUUCUACCUACUUCAUGUACCUAUAUUAUACUAGUUAUUAGUUGUAGGUAUGUAGCAGGCUUGCCCUAUAUAUAGGGUUGAUUUUUCAAUGAUAAGAAAAAAUAUAUUCAUAGGAUAAAAUAUAAUACGAAAAAAUUAGAAAUUGCAGUUGCAUAGAUUAAAUAGGUAGAUUGUUUGGCUUCUCCAUUUUGUCUGGUUAUGAAAUAAUUGAUGGAUGACUUAUAUCUAAUGAAAAAAACAGCCCUUACGCGAAUACAGAAAUAACAAAGUAGAGGUGUACGUAGCGUUCUUUAAAAAAAUGGACUCUAGACAGUCUUAUUGCAUCUUGAUGAUGAAUAAAAUGUACUCUAUUAUUAUUUUACACUUGAGCCAAGUAUUUGUCUAGAUUUAACUGCAUAUUUUUAAAGUAUUCGUGUUAAAAAAUAUAUUAUGGUAUUGUAAAAGUUUUGGCAAUAAGUUAAUGUUUAGUUGAGUUAUGCACAAUUAUCGCUUAUGUUAUUUUAGCUGGGUAUACUGAGCGUACUAGGCGCAUAAUAUUUGCCAAAAUAUAAUUUGAAUUGUAGUUGAACAUUAAUCUACGAUAUUUGACUUUUCCAAAUGAUAUUAGGUUACAAAUUUAAUGCAUUCUAGCGAUAUUUGAUGAUUAACUUAUUAGUUAAUUUCAUGGAGUUUUUAAUUAUAUUUUAAGGGUAAAUUCGUAUACAGGUUUUACAUCAAAUUCUGAUAUAAAAUUUUCUGGAAAAUACGUAAUAAUUUGUUCGAUAGUCAAAUAUCUUAAAAAAAAGUGUAUACAUAAUUGUGAUAGGUAGUAUAGUUGUAUUCUCGGCAUAAAAUCCGAAAUAGUAGAUAGUAGUCAAGCAAACAUAGAUUGAAAUAUUUAGAUACGGAAUAAUUAGAAAAAUUGUUGAAUGUUGAACACUUAUAUGUUUCCAGUGCGGCCACCACUUUUAUAAACUUGAUUUUAUAACCAAUUAACCGUGUUUCUGAUUUCAAAAGCAUUAUAACUGCAUACAACUUUAUUGAACAUCUAAAUAUUUCAAUUGAUGUAAGCAAAUAUAAAACUGCUGUGCUCUAUCAAUAAAAAAUGUAAAAAAUAUUAAAGUAUUAUAUCGUAUUAUGUAAGUGCUUUCUAGGUUAGUUGUUGUAAUCGAAAAAAAAAAUGUAAUCUUAGCAUUGUAAUCAAAUAUUUAAGUUAAAAAAUAUAAUCUCAAAAUAUGACGUCAGGGUUAUGUAAUGUGUACUUCAUAAUGGAAAAUUCAUUUGUUUUGGUUAAAUGGAAUAUACUAGACAUUCCUUUAAAACUUAAAUGCAUUUUAAACAAUAGAAUGGAAUAUUCAGGAAUUAUAUUUUUAUUAUCACAGCUAUAUUUUUACUACAUAUAUCUACAAAUAUACAUAGUACGUUUCGUUUAACACAUAAGUACACAGAAAAAUAUAUUCAAUGUAUCAAUGCAUAGUGUUUAUAAUGCUUUGUUACCCUCAACAUAUCUUGUAUUAAAUAUGUUACGUUUCAAAUAUGUAAUCAAAUGUUAUUAGUUUUAGAACUGUUAUGCAAUAAAUUGUAUUCAAUGAGGCAA